UUGAAUGCUAUUUAUACAUUGAACCUAUAAGAAACUGUGAUGUGCAAGUGAUGUGUUGUAAGAUUUUCGAUUUCGAACACAAAGGCACAUUUUCUCCAGUUUCUCAUUGGGGACUUCAGUGAUAGCUGCCCGCUGCUCUGUGUGUGUGUGUUUAGUACUCAUUAUAUUACCAUACAUUGGCAGUUACAUCAAUUUUACAAAUAUUUGUGGUCUUUCAGCUUCUUCACUGAACUGAAUUUCUAUUUGUUGUUCAUCUGAGAGUUCUGAACCAAAUUAGGAUGUUGACCACUGCAGCUUUUAUUCUCAUCAUCACCAGUAAAGUUGUCUUUGGACAGGAUGACAGAUGGGCUGAUGAAGGAGAAAUAUAUCCAUUGGAUAUGGCAGAGAAUUCAGUUGAUGACCAGUAUGUAAAUUGUACAAAGGAAAUGGAAACCCUGGUAAAGGAAAAGUAUCUAAAUCAUGAAAUCAAAGCUGACAAGGUUUUCGGAGAAGAAUGGAAAAAGGGGGAAAAAAAUUACUCUAAACCAAAAGAUAACUUGACAAUAAACAAUUUAAUUGCAAUUUUUGUGUACACUGGUAGAGCAUCUAAGCUAUUCAAUCCAGAUGUUUUAUUUGGUAAAGAAAAAUACCUAAUUGGUACAUUCGCUUGGUAUUCACUUCACUUUUUCUUGACACAAGCAAUACAGACUCUAAAAAUAACGAAAUGUACCUUAACAUAUCGUUGUACCAGAGAUAAAUUUAUUAAAACAAAUAAUGAGAUUCGUUUUGGCUUUUUUGCAUCCUCCUCUGUUCAUCCUCUUACAAAUGUAUUUGGAAAUGUAUCUUGUUUUGAAAUCAAGACUUGUUAUGGUGCUAAUGUGACAAAAUAUUCCCAGCAUCCUCAUGAGCAAGAGAUUCUGAUUCCCCCGUAUGAGAAGUUUAAUGUCACUGCUAUAAAGAAGGAAAACUGGUGUGAGACUGUAUUCGUAUUGAAGAGCACUGGAAUAGAAAGUAACUUAAAUUGUGCAAAAAAAAAGAGAAACCAGUAUAGAAGGAAAGGCACUGGCUUUCUGUUGUUCUAAGAAAGUAUUGCUGUUUUUAAAGGCUUCAAUCUGUUUUCCUCUUUUUUUAACAAACACAUUUCCACAGGGAUGAAUAUCUAGUAAAUUCAGAUGAUUUGAUUAUUAUAAAAUGAGAAGUGUUUCUAACUAUGCAAAAUCUUUUAAGGGCAGAAAUGCAGGCAACUGUGUAUUUUAGGAAAUUUUUUUUUAAAUAUAAAAGCUUCCAUUUUUAUUUAUUUAUCUCUGUAUUGUGUUGCUUUCUGUACUAACAUCUAAA